AAUAUUUGCACUGAAAUAAAAUUGGCUUCACGUUCUCCUUAAACCUUUACUGUUUAAGUUAAUAAUAAACCUAGAGUUCUACUGUAUAAGAAGUCCAAAAGUGCACAUUAUAAACCCUAAUUUCUGUGUGGGGUGAAGGAUAGAUUAGGGCUCAAAGCAGCCGCAGAGGUUGUUGUCGAAGACAGGAGAGGCAAAGAUGGUGCAGAGACUAACAUACCGCAGGCGCCACAGCUACCAUACUAAAUCAAAUCAAACACGGAUUGUGAAAACCCCUGGCGGGAAGUUAAUCUACCAGACCGCCAAGAAGAGGGCCAGCGGACCCAAAUGCCCGGUUACUGGCAAGAGGAUUCAAGGGAUUCCGCAUCUCAGGCCUGCUGAAUACAGGGUGAGCAGGUUGAAAAGGAGCAGGAGGACUGUUAGCAGAGCCUAUGGCGGGGUUUUGACUGGUUCAGCCGUACGAGAAAGGAUCAUCCGAGCCUUCCUUGUUGAGGAACAGAAAAUUGUUAAGAAGGUUUUGAAGAUCCAGAAGUCUAAGGAAAAGACUACUAAGAGUUAGAAUUGGGGAUGUUAUAGAAUAGCAAGUAUAACAUGCAAUUUUCCCUAAUCGAGAUCAAUUGUGGAAACCAAGUAUUUUGGUAAAUGUUGAGAAAAGCAGUUUGUUUUUGUUUUGCCUAAUGAAUGUAUGGGUAGUUGUGAUCAUACUUAUUAUUCCCUUUACUCAUGGAGGGCUUGAGCCUUCCUGUUAGUUUGAAGACCAACAUGUUUUUGUUAAUCAUUUACAUAACUAUUUUUUUAAUUUCAAGUGGGUUUGAUGUGUUC